UUAAAGCUAUUUACUUUCAGACCCAGUCCAAUUAAAAACUAAGAUUGAGUUAACAAUAUUUAACAAAUUACACACACAAACGAAUAUCAGUUUUGUGUUUAACAUGUAAAUCGCUUUUUUAUAAAUCAGAACAGAAAAGUAGAAUGAUACGAUACUUUGAUCGUAAUCAUGUAUACAAUAGCAGGAAUGUUUGAAAGAGUCGCAGUAAUAUCAAUUUCGGCAGCAUAAGUAAAAAGUUUUUACAAAACAUUGACUAAUAGCAAUGUCGUCGGAGGAAAUACACAAAUUGCGUAUGGAAAUAGCUGAACUGAAGAUUUUGUGUAAAGACAAAGAAGAGCGUCUACGUCAACUAGUAAAUGAUUCUGUUAUUUUUAACGAACUGACCAAUGACGACAUAGCACGCUACAGUCGACAAUUAAUUUUACCUAAUUUUGGCGUGAAAGGACAAUUGAAAUUGAAGCAAACUUCUAUUCUUGUAGUCGGUGUGGGCGGCCUUGGAUGUCCAGCUUCACUUUACUUGGCUUCUGCAGGUUGUGGUCAUUUGGGCCUGCUGGAUUAUGAUGAAGUGGAUCGCAGCAAUUUGCAUAGACAAACUUUGCAUACCGAAUCAAGAGUGGGCAUGAGCAAAGUGCUUUCCGCUUGUGAAGCUUUGAAAAUGAUAAAUCCCCAAUGUCAAAUAAAUUCGCACUGCGUGUUAUUGAACAGCAGAAAUGCAAACGAAAUUAUUCGAUCAUAUGACAUUGUCUUGGAUUGCAGCGAUAACGUACCGACACGUUAUUUAUUGAAUGAUACAUGUGUAGCCUUAGGAAAACCUUUGAUAUCAGGAAGUGCUUUACAACUGGAUGGCCAGCUAACAGUAUACAACUACGGCGAAGUAGGGGUAUGCUAUAGAUGUUUAUUUCCACUGCCUCCACCUCCAGAAGCUGUCAUUAGUUGUGGUGAUGGUGGUGUUUUGGGAGCUGUAACAGGGGUUAUUGGUAGUUUACAAGCUCUAGAAGCAAUUAAAGUUGCAUUGAAUGGUAUGGGGGGGGAAGUACUUUCGAAACGUUUAUUAAUAUUUGAUGGCGCCAAUUGCUCCUUUCGGUGCGUGCGUUUGAGAGGACGAAGGAAGGACUGUUCCGCGUGUUCAAACGUACCAUUAAUACCAAAUAAUUUGGAUUACGAGCAAUUUUGUGGCAUGCAGACUUCAGAUAAAGAUUAUGUUUUAAAAUUAUUAAUGCCAGCGCAACGUGUUAGUGUUGAAGAAUAUCAAAAUUACCUAGGUAAACCGCAUCUACUAUGGGAUGUACGGCAGUCGGCAGAAUUUGAGAUUUGUAAGCUGCGUAACUCAGAAAAUGUUCCUCUCAAAACAAUACUUGAUGACAGCUUUGUUGAACGUUUCAAGGAAAAACUUCAAGAUGAAACUUUACCAGUUUUUAUAUUAUGUCGACGUGGUAAUGACUCGCAAAUUGCCGCCCAACAUAUGAUAAAUAAGUUUCCCAAACAUAACAUACGUGAUAUUAGGGGUGGUCUUCAUUCUUGGCACUAUAAAAUUGAUUCAAAAUUUCCCAUAUAUUAAUGACUUGUAUAUAUAAACGUAACGACCUGCUUUAACUAUUUGUUAAUAUAAUUUCUUACGCUCUUAUCGUUUUUGUAUAACAUAUGCUAUGUAAUAAGAAGGGAAAUAAGUUUACUUUUUUUAAAUCGAGCAUACAGAAAAUAUUUAUAAUAUUUUUUUCAUAUUUUUACGAUCCGUUUUGUAUAAUUUUUAAGCAGAGCUACAAUUUUAGUCAUUUUUAACAUUGCAUGCAUACAAUACAUGAACAACUUGGUUCUUUUUCUUCAUGACAAAACGUUGCCAUGUAUGGGAGGCAACUCCGUUCUCUCUCUUUUUUUAAAACUUGUAAAGAAAAAAAACAAGCUCACGGUUUUCUGUGGAGUCAAAGAAAUUUUUACAAAUGCGUGUAGAAGUUGCUACGAAAUUGAAAUACAGUACAAAUUCGUAAAAAAAUUAAAAAAUAUGUUAAAUAAAAUUCGAAAAAAGUAAAAAAAUAAUAAAAACAAAUUUUCUCGACAAUGGAAAUUCCCGAAAAUGGAAUGCAAACAUCACAACAAUGCAAAUAUCCCCGACCGUGAAAAACUAUUUUAUACAUUUAUAUACAUUAGGGCAU